AUGGCUGAAGGCUUCUCUGACAUCGGUCAUAUUAUAGACUACAGUGACAUUAAAAAUGAAAAAAAAAUUGGUCAUGGUGGAUUUGGAAUCGUAUAUAAAGCUAUUCUCAAAGACCAGGGUGCUGUAGCUGUUAGAAAAGUUUUCAAAAAUCUUAAAAUUCCUAUCAGGAAUAUGCUCGAAGAUGAAGUACGUAAAAUGGUUAGCUUCCGUUCGCCAUAUUUAGUCAAACUAAUAGGCGCCGUGAUGGAUCCGUCUAACCAUGCACUUGUAUUAGAAUACAUGUGUCACGGCUCAUUGAGGGACUACCAAAAGAAUAAUGACGUUAGCUGGCCAAUAAUAUUACGUCUUGUGCACGAUGUGAUACUGGGAAUGAAUUAUCUACACAAAACUUUAAAGCUUGUUCAUCAGGAUUUGAAAAUUGAUAACAUACUUGUUGACAUUGGGCCCAAAGCAAAGAUUUCAGACUUUGGAUCAUCCGUUAGGCGUGUCUAUUCAAUGACAGUAGCAGACCACUAUGAAGAAAAAAAAGAAGAAGAAAAAGAAGAAGAUGUAGUAUGUAAUACAAUCUCCCACAUGGCCCCGGAAUUUCUUCAAAAUAAAAGAAGGGAGCCAAAUGAAAAAUACGAUGUAUAUAGCUUUGGUAUCACAUUAUGGGAGAUUGUUACACAGAAAGACCCUUAUGAAAAUGCAGUCGCAACAGAAGUAAUCGAAUGGGCAGUUUGUCAAAACCAGCGACCAAGUGAGGAGGACAUUCCAACUGAAUGUCCCGCAGUCUUAAAUGAGAUGAUGCAUAAAUGUUGGGAUAUGGACCCUUAUAUAAGACCUAAGUUUGAAGAAAUAAAAGAAAUGUUCGACAUUGUUCAGAUAAAGGAUCUUAGAAAUAAUGAAAUUGAAGAAGUUACACAAUUACCAGCAAAUUAUCGCGACGUCGCUGACAGAGAUAAGACAAUGAGGUCAAAGACAUUGAUGGAAGCUGCUAGCAAGGGAGAUAUUGAAGAAGUAAAAGAAUUACUAAGAAUGAAUUGUGACGUCACGACCAAGGAUAAGGAUGGUAAUACAGCAUUGCAUAUUUCAAUAUUACAAAGGCGUAAUGAAGUGACUGAGCUGUUAAUAAAUUAUGGAAUAGACAUUGAUAUGAAAGGCCAGAAUGAGAAAACCGCAUUGCAUUGUGCAGCACAAAUAGGUGAACUUGACAUUUUACAGAAACUAUUUGAUAUGUCGGCGGAUUUGGAAGUUAAAGACAAGCUCGGCAGUACACCGAUACAUUAUGCAUGUAAGUAUGGUGGGAUUGGUGCAGUGAAGAAAUGUCUGGAACUAGGAUCAGAUUUACAGGCCAAGUCAACAAUUGGCUCGUCUGGUUUACAUUUGGCUUGUGCUGGUAUCCAUAACAAUGUCGUGGAUUUAUUACUGGAAAAGGGCAUGGAAAUUGAAAGUAAAGAUAAGUAUGGGUUUACUCCAUUACAUUACGCUAGUUUUUAUGGCAAUAAUGAUGAAAUUGUGAAAAAUUUGAUUAGAAGAGAUUGUAAUACUAAAGCGAAAACAAAGAGAGGGAGAACAGCUUUUCAAAUAGCAAAGCAAAAAAAUCAUAGAGAGAUCGCCAAUUUGCUAACGCCAAAAGAUAACAGUGAAAACAGCGUACAAGAAAAAGGAACCCUGGGUGGUAGCGACCCAACCAGGGCAGUGACGAAGCUCACUUUAAACAGUACUUUCACAAGGGUGCUCAACUCCCACCCUCAGAAGAGGAGUACCAUUCCACACACCACAACACAGAUUAUAAUGGGUGUACAGGCAACCGACGAAGAAAGGUUACACAAACGUCUAAUAGCAGAUUUGUGA